AUCCCCGGGGAAGAGAAACCAGGAGCCUCUGUCCUCUGGCUGUCCUCCCUGGCAGUGUGUCCUGCAGGUCUGCUCUGUCUCUGGAUCUUACAGGUGUGAGCCCCAGCUGUGUGCACUUGGCCACAGCAGAAGCACAGGACAUGGGGCCCUUGGUGGCUGUCAGUUAUUCUCGGCCUCCAUCAGCCCCAAGAACAGACCUAAAGAAGACAAGCAGGAAGCAGCUGCCCCAGAGAAAAGCAGAAGUGGGAGCCCUGGAGACUGACCCUCCCCAGGGGGCUGGAGCCUGGGUCCUGUGGGGCCUGGCGCCCAGUGGUGACAUCUGUGCAGGAGAAAUGAGCCCCAGAGGCCUGAUGGCCUGGCCCCCCUUGGCUCUGCUGCUUCUCUGGCUCCCAGACUGUGUUCCUCUGAGUGGCCCCAGCAAGGUGACGGGCACCGUGGGAGGAUCCCUGACCGUGCAGUGUCACUAUGGCGAGAAAUUCAAGGACAAUGACAAACUGUGGUGCAAAAAAUCACUUGUACGUUGUAAAGAUAUUGUGAAGACUAGAGGCUCAGAGAGAGAGGUGCGGAGCGGCCGAGUGUCCAUCAGCGACCACCCUGCAAACCUCAGCUUCACAGUGACCAUGGAGCGCCUCACCCUGGAGGACACAGGCUCCUAUGAGUGCCGGGUGGACACACCAUGGUACGAAGGCUUUGACCUGUCCUUCGAGGUUGAGGUGGCCGUGCUGCCAGAUUUGCCACCAGCAACGUCAGGGACACUUACAAGUGUCACGACAGCGAAGACCUUGACAACCACAAGCAAAGCCCAAGCUACACUGUCCACCAGCCUGGCCACAGAGAGUGCCACCCCUGGUCCCAGGAGCCAGGACCUCGACCAUGGCCAGGGCCCAGGGCUCCCUGUGCUGCUCCUCCUGCUGUCCCUCCUGCUGCUCCUCCUGGUGGGCUCCUCGCUGCUGGUCUGGAGGAGGCUGCAGAAACGGGUCAAAGCUGGUGAGCGCUCAGAACUGUCCCAGAACCUCAGGCAGGCUGCCGGGCAGAGUGAGCCCUACUACACAAAUCUGACGCUGCAGACGUGGUCCCUGCGGGAAGAGCCAGUGCCCCCGAGGCAGGCGGAGGUGGAGUACAGCAUGUUGGCCUUUCCCCGGGAGGAGCCUCACUACAGCUCCGUGGUGUUCGAUUCUCCGAGGCCAGACUCCAGCGCCAGCGGGGCUCCCUCCCAGAGGCCCCCCGAGGAGGUCCCAGAGUACAGCGUGAUCAGGAAGCCCAGGGCUAAGGAGGGCUAAGGCACCCCCUGUGCCCACAGCCCUCUGCCCUCCAUGGGGACCGCCAGGCAGCCAAGCUCCCUGUGGCUUGUCCUCCCCAAGCCAUCAGCCCAGCUGGCUCCACGGAGGACAAACAGGAAUGGGGUCCUCAGGGACCAGAGGGAAGCCCCCGGUCUCUGUCCUCUCUUCCUCUGCUUCAUUCCGCCCCUGUGUGUGGAGGAUGCAGCUCCUGGUCCCCUGUGGCUCCAGGAAGUGACGCGGCUCACAUAGGAUGGUGCCUGCCACCCGCCUUGUAAACCAGGGCUCCACAGCCAGGUCGGGACAGCGGGCAGGAGGUGGGCUGGCCAGAGGAGCCAGGAGAAGGCGGGCAGUGCUGGGGCCUGCGCAGGGGCCAGAGAGGCCACGGAACGUCCCCUCCCUUCCCAUCCCACACCUAAGGAACAGCCGGAAGAGAAGAGCUGAUGACGGCAGGUUCCCUGGACUCUACUGUCAACACAAGGCAGAGAAAUAAAGUCCCCCGCCUCAGAAAGGGGGACAAGAAAAAAAGUCACUUAAAUGAUGCCAGGCACCUGCCUGCAAUGCCAUCUCAAGGUUGUCCUGGCUUUGGGCCCAGGCUGGCACCGAGGAGCUCUGAGGACGGAGGGCUUGGGACACCCUGCGAGGCGCCCACUGCUGGGACCACAGCAGGGUCUUCUUUCUGGGGAGAUUCGUAAGGAAGGUAACUGGGCGGGGCACAGCCUGAGGGCCCACCUUUACCCGGUCUGUGUGACUCCUCGGUGACUUUCCUGCAGCUCUUUCCUGAGGUUCAUUUUCUGCCUCCAGCAAGUGACAGUGGAGAGCAAGGGCUGUCCUGCCUCACCCGGGCGUGAAGCUGACAUGACCGCCAGAUGGCACCUUGGCCAGCUGUCUUCCGGGUGCACCUUCUGCUUCCCGAGGACUCUUCAAGGGCUGGGGUCCCCGGGCUGCUCCCAUGGCGUUGGCUUUAGAUUUUGAGUGGCUUGUGAGUGCGCCUGAGCCAUCCCAGACACUAUCCCUUCUUAGACUAAUGCUCUGAGCUGCAGAAGGGGACACACACACACACACACACACACACAGAGGCAGGUGCACAAGCGGCCACAGCCAGUCUUGCUGGGCUGGGGAAGGGGUUGGGGUCAGCACGGCCCUGUGGUGCCCCUCGCAGAGCCCUGGGACGCCCUUGCCCUGUCCCGGGCUCGGCCUGAGCCAGCAGGUGUGGGGCGCACAGCCGUGGGCGCUGGCUCUGCAGACGGGACCCGUUCCCCUGAGGAGAGGUGGGGAAGCCAUGGCCAAAUUAACAGGGGACUGGGCCCCAAAAAGGGCAGGUACAAGUUCAGAGCCCCUGGGUGACCACACUUGGGCUGUAAAGUGGGAGUGGGAGGAGGGAGGCCCCUGCUCCCUGGAGGGCACUCAUCUCUGGGGAAAUCCCAGGCCCCCCACCCUACAGCCAAGCACAGCCCCCAAAGCCAUGGUCCCCAUGUCCCCUCCUCUAUUUCCUCAUCCACCUCACCGUCUCUCCAUGGCCUGGACAGACAGAGGGCAGCUGCCACGAUUUCAUCCCAGAGCAUUUGUGGACAGUCUGCUCUAUGCCGACUGGUAGGCGGGGCCCUGGGGACAUGUGUGACACAGCCCCCACCCCAGGUGAAGUCUCAGCCUUGGAAGGAUGAGGAAGUGGCCUUCUUCACUCACCUCCCGCUGGGGGCUGGACAGGGGAGGAAGGCCUCUGCAGGCAGGUGUCCCCACUCCCAGGGACGGGAAGGGACGAUGCCAGCUCAGCACUCAUCAGGCCCAGGGAAAGGCGAGAGGGAGUUGAAACUUAAGCCACAGAGGCCAGGGCUGAAGUAUGGUGGCCCGUAUGGGGAGCUCCAGGACGCUUGGGGGUAAGUGACAAGGUAAACUGCUUGUCCCUGAGGGUGGGUGACCAUUUCAAGAAACAGUGUGUUCUUGUUUCGUUUUUCUUUCAUUUUUAAGCUGCCUGUCCCUAGAAAUAAAUAGGACGGGAGAAAAGCUGAUCACCCCUGAGGAACAGAUAGGGAGAGAGAACGGAUGGACAUUUCAAGAAAAUAGAAAAAUUGAUGCAAUGUGUUUUUGUUCCGUUUUUGUUUCAUUUUGUUUCGGUUUUGUUUUGUGUUAUCUUAGUGGGUUGUGUUAGUUUUGUUACAGAAAUAUGGGAUCAGAAGUUAGUAAGAACCAAACCAAGAGGAUGUUAAGUAAAUUGCUAAAGGAAGGAGGCGCCCCAGUAAAACCAAGAACAGUUAGGGCAUCCGUUGAUACAAUACAAAAAAAUAGCCCAUGGUUCUUUAAGGAGGGGUUGUUAAAUAUAUCACAAUGGUACCAACCUAAGCCAGGAGGCUGACGAUUUGAGGUCAGACCAUCCAAUGACGGGUAAGGACCAUAUGUAGUAUUGGACAACCUAAAAUAGGCACGGUCCCUAAACCACAUACUUGUUGUUUAAUUAAACAAAAGGGGGGAGAUGUUGGGGACCGCAAAUCAAGUCAAGAUGGCGCCUGGCAGUUUGUCAGAAGGAGUGGUUUGUGAGGCAACACCACCGAGCCAUUAAGAUGGUGGGGAUUCCUUAUUGGCUGAUUGCUGUAUCUGGAUGAUGCUAAUUGAGUCAAGCUGUGUGUAAUCAGUUGGGUAUAUAUACCUCUGCUGUCCCGCAAUAAAGCGGCUCCCACUACCUUAGGUACCCGCUACCUUGAGUUCCCGCUGAGUUUCCCUGAAAUAAAGUAGUUCCCACUUCAACCUUCAA